AUCAUCGCAGCAGUACGCCGCUGACAGACACCGACAUUCAGGAAACCUCAACACGGAAAGGAGUGAUAAAUAUGCCAACCAGCGCUCCCAAUAAGAGAAUCAUGCCUGCAGCCGGCCGUCCUGGCACAAAGGCUAAAGUUGUGGCCUCUCCGAAAGAAAAAAUCCCAGAGUAUGAGCCGAACAUCCCUGAGCCCACCUGCAGAGCUGAUCUUCUAAAAUACUGGAUCAACCUUUCCCUGGAUGACAAGACAGCGAAUAAGAUGCUGUGGAUCACAGACGGGGGAUCCAAGCUGCUGCGCAUGACUGACGAUGUCACUUGUCCCGUCCUGGACAGACCGGAGAGAUAUGAGCACGCCCCCCAGGUUCUUUGCAAAGAAGGCAUCCUGGGCUUCAGAGCUUACUGGGAGGUGAAAUAUUCAGGGUGGGUGGUCGUCGGAGUUGCCUAUGAAGGAGCAGGGAGGAGGGGGAGCGACGGACCCUGCGGGCUGGGAGAGAACGAACAGUCCUGGGGUCUCGGGUGGGGUGGAUCCCACUAUCAGCUGUGGUUCAACGGCAUCAGUAAAGAAAUCUGGGACAUUCCCCAGUGCACCACCAUUGGGGUUUACCUGGACCAACCAGCUGGUGUCAUCAGUUUUUAUGCAGUUGAAGACGUGAAGGAGGAAGAGGGGGGCAAAAGCAGGCGGGAGGUCAGACUGCUGCAGCAGAUCAAGAGCUGCUUUAAGGGCAGGAUGUUGGCAGGUUUCUGGGUCGGACAAAAGUCGUCAUGUUUGUUAGCCAAACAAGAGGAGUAAACAGUGUGUGUUUUACACCGGCGGACUCAGGGGGAGUGCUCCCAUGAUGAGCCUACGUUACAAACAAUGCAGUGAAAGUUCCCUUUUGGAUGCCUUUAUGGUAGGGAAAACAUGAUAACUGCCCUUCCAGUGGACAAAAUGUGAGGAUGUGCCCUGUUUCACCAUAAACACAUCACAACUUUCUGCAGGCUGGUGCUCCUCAGCAUAGAACAUGGCACGUGGUGCCCUUUUUAGUUUUUUUGGCCCCUGAGCCUCUAACAUCCUGAGUCCGCCUCUGUUGUUUUCCAUUUUCUUACAAUUCCACUUCAUUUAGGACACAUACCCAACUGGGAUAAUGUAAGGAAAAAAUUACUUGUUUGUAUAUCAAGAAACUUAUUUGCCAAGAA